AUGGCCGGGGCGUCGGUGAAAGUGGCGGUGAGGGUCCGCCCCUUCAACUCUAGAGAGAUGGCCAAGGACAGCAAAUGUAUCAUCCAGAUGACAGGAAACACCACAACAAUCCUGAACCCCAAACAGCCAAAAGAAAACAAGAGUUUCAACUUUGAUUAUUCCUACUGGUCUCACACCACGCCCGAGGACAUCAACUAUGCAUCCCAGAUGCAAGUGUACAAGGACAUUGGCGAAGAGAUGCUGCUCCAUGCUUUCGAAGGCUACAAUGUGUGUAUAUUUGCAUACGGACAGACAGGAGCGGGCAAAAGCUACACCAUGAUGGGACGGCAGGAAACCGACCAACAGGGCAUCAUCCCUCUGCUCUGUGAGGACCUUUUUACCAAGAUCAGUGACAGCAAUAAUGAGAACAGCAUGUCUUACUCUGUGGAGGUGAGUUACAUGGAAAUCUACUGCGAGCGUGUCAGGGACUUGCUGAACCCCAAAAACAAAGGGAACCUACGGGUUAGAGAGCACCCGCUGAUGGGACCCUACGUGGAAGACUUGUCCAAACUGGCUGUCACCUCUUACAACGAUAUACAGGACCUGAUGGACUCUGGGAACAAGGCCAGAACGGUGGCUGCAACAAACAUGAACGAGACCAGCAGCCGUUCCCACGCAGUUUUUAACAUCAUCUUCACUCAGAAGAAACACGACUCGGAGACUGACAACACGUCUGAAAAGGUUAGCAAGAUCAGCUUGGUGGACCUGGCUGGUAGCGAACGCGCUGACUCGACUGGUGCAAAAGGAACCAGACUCAAGGAAGGAGCUAACAUCAACAAAUCUUUGACCACACUGGGCAAAGUUAUCUCUGCUUUAGCUGAGCAGGACUCGGCCCCAAACAAGAACAAGAAGAAGAAGAAAGUGGAGAGUUUCAUCCCCUACAGAGAUUCUGUCCUGACGUGGUUGCUGAGGGAAAACUUAGGUGGAAACUCUCGUACAGCCAUGGUGGCUGCUCUCAGCCCUGCUGAUAUAAACUAUGAUGAGACCCUCAGUACACUGCGGUACGCCGACCGCGCCAAGCAGAUCCGCUGCAACGCUGUCAUCAACGAGGACCCGAACAACCGUCUGGUGCGCGAGCUGAAAGAGGAGGUGGCGCGCCUCAAAGAUCUGCUCUACGCUCAGGGUUUGGGCGACAUCAUUGAGACGUAUCGAUGUGGUGAUCCCGUCAUCAGCAGUUUCCAACACCUGUGCGAUUACAAGAACUUUGUGAAUGAUCGCCAGGCUGUCAAUCAAAGGGGUGAUCUCUCCACAGUGACCAAUGCCAUGACGGGCAUGAGCCCCUCCCCUUCAUUGUCGGCCAUGUCCAGUCGGGCCGCCUCCAUCAGCAACCUCCACGAUCGCAUUUUCAGCCCGGCUAGCGAGGAGGCCAUCGAGAGGCUGAAGGAGACAGAGAAAAUCAUUGCAGAACUCAACGAAACUUGGGAAGAAAAACUCCGACGUACUGAGGCCAUUCGCAUGGAAAGAGAGGCCCUGCUUGCUGAGAUGGGUGUUGCCAUGCGAGAAGAUGGCGGCACCGUUGGUGUUUUCUCCCCGAAAAAGACGCCGCAUCUGGUCAACCUGAACGAGGACCCGCUGAUGUCUGAGUGUCUGCUGUACUAUAUUAAAGACGGCAUCACAAAGGUCGGUCGCGAUGAUGCCAAGGCGCGCCAGGACAUUGUGCUCAGUGGACAUUUUAUCCGAGAUGAGCACUGUACCUUCAGUAGCACCACAGGCCCUCAGGGAGAAGGUUGUGUGGUUCUGGAGCCCUGCGAGGAUGCAGAGACGUAUGUUAAUGGGAAGCGAGUGACAUCGCCAACUGUGCUGCGCUCAGGAAACCGCAUCAUCAUGGGCAAGAGUCACGUGUUCCGCUUCAAUGACCCCGAGCAGGCUCGGCUGGAGCGCGAGAGGACACCGUGCGCCGAGACCCCGGUGGAGCCUGUCGACUGGGCUUUUGCUCAGAGAGAAUUGCUGGAGAAGCAAGGCAUCGACAUGAAGCAGGAGAUGGAGCAGAGGCUGCAGGAGCUAGAGGAUCAAUAUCGUAAAGAAAGAGAAGAAGCCAGUAUCUUGCUUGAGCAACAGAGACUGGACUAUGAGAGUAAGCUGGAGGCUCUCCAGAAGCAGGUGGACUCUCGCUACCUGGAAUCACCAGAGGAAGAAGAAGAACCAGAGGAAGAAGUGCCGUGGACCAAGCGUGAGACAGAGCUAGCACUGUGGGCCUUCCGAAAGUGGCGUUUUUACCAGUUCACCUCACUCCGGGAUCUACUUUGGGGCAAUGCCAUCUUCCUCAAGGAGGCCAAUGCUAUAAGUGUGGAAUUAAAGAAGAAGGUCCAGUUCCAGUUCGUCCUUCUGACAGACACCCUGUACUCCCCCCUGCCUGCUGACUUGCUGCCUCCCAGCGAGACCAAAGAGAGGGAGAGGAGACCGUUCCCUCGGACCAUCGUGGCCGUGGAAGUACAGGACCAAAAGAACGGAGCCACGCAUUACUGGACUCUAGAAAAGCUCAGGCAGCGACUGGAUCUGAUGAGAGAAAUGUACGAUCGAGCCGCUGAGCUCCCGAGCAGCGCCGUAGAGGACUGUGACCAUGCUCUCACCGGCGGGGAUCCCUUCUACGACCGCUUUCCAUGGUUCCGUCUGGUUGGCAGGGCAUUUGUUUACUUGAGCAACCUGCUCUAUCCAGUUCCAUUGGUCCAUCGUGUGGCCAUCGUGAGUGAGAAGGGUGAAGUAAAGGGUUUCCUUAGAGUGGCUGUGCAGGCCAUUUCCGCGGAUGAAGAAGCUCCAGAUUACGGUUCUGGUGUAAGGCAGUCAGGCACCGCCAAGAUCUCCUUUGAAGAUAAACAGUUUGAGAAGUUCCAGACGGAGUCGUGUUCAUCAGGUGGUCUUUCCCACUCCAACACCUCACAGGAGGAGCUUCGCAUUGUAGAAGGUGAAGGUCAAAAUGUGGAAAUAGGAAUCUCUGCCGAUGAAGUCAACAAUAACACGUGUGAAGCUACCCCAGAGCCUCCACCCAGCCCUAUGAAGAGCUCAGGAUAUGGUCUGGAUCUCCCUUUGGAACUCUCGCCAGAGAAGGCUUUGUCCCACCUUAAGAUAGGCAGUACAUUCACCUUUAGAGUCACCGUCUUGCAGGCCUCCAGCAUAUCAGCAGAGUAUGCCGACAUCUUCUGCCAGUUCAACUUUAUUCACCGCCAUGAUGAAGCGUUCUCCACUGAGCCUUUGAAGAACACCGGCAGGGGCCCACCACUUGGCUUCUACCAUGUGCAAAAUAUCUCAGUGGAGGUAACCAAAUCAUUCGUGGAGUACAUCAAGACCCAGCCUAUUGUCUUUGAGGUGUUUGGUCACUAUCAAAAACAACCUUUUCCACCGCUCUGCAAGGAUUUAAUCAGUCCACUGAGACCAUCUAGACGGCAAUUCCCCAGAGUGAUGCCUCUGUCCAAACCGGUGCCGGCCACCAAGCUUAGCACUCUCACCCGCUCCGCAGCCGGACCUUGUCACUCUAAAUAUGACCUCAUGGUCUUCUUUGAAAUUUGUGAGCUGGAAGCCAGCGGAGAUUACAUCCCUGCUGUCGUUGAUCACCGAGGCGGAAUGCCCUGCCAUGGCACCUACCUCCUACAUCAGGGUAUUCAGAGAAGGAUAACAGUAACCAUAGCUCAUGAAAAUGGAAACGACAUUGAAUGGAAGGAGGUUAAGGAGCUGGUUAUUGGUCGCAUCCGGAACACCCCGGAGGCUGAUGAAACCAUCAUAGACCCCAACAUCCUCUCCCUGAACAUCCUUUCUUCUGGAUAUUUCUGGCCAAAACAUGAUGACAACGUCUCCUUGGGAGUUGAUCAUAGGACCUUCUACCGGUUUGAGGCAGCGUGGGACAGCUCCAUGCACAACUCCCUCCUCCUGAAUAGAGUUACGCCCUAUGGAGAGAAGAUCUACAUAACCCUCUCGGCCUAUCUAGAGAUGGAGAAUUGCACUCAGCCCACUGUCAUCACAAAAGAUUUCUGCAUGGUUUUUUACUCGCGUGACACCAAGCUCCCAGCGUCUCGUUCCAUCCGAAAUCUCUUCAGCACAGGCUGCCUCAGGCCUUCUGAGAGUAACCGUGUCACCGGAGUGUACGAAGUGACUCUCUGCUACGUUGCCGACAAUGGGAGUCCAGGUAUGCAGAGACGUCGCAGGCGAGUGCUGGACACCUCGGUGGCGUACGUACGUGGAGAGGAAAACCUGGCCGGGUGGAGGCCUCGUAGUGACAGCCUCAUUUUGGACCACCAGUGGGAGCUGGAGAAACUCAGUUUACUUCAGGAGGUGGAGAAGACCCGGCAUUACCUGUUACUGAGGGAGAAGCUGGAGGCCACCCUCCUGGCCGGUCAGGACACUCUCUACAAAGGAAGUGACAUCAGCGACUUUGCCAAAAGUCCGGUUCUGAGUCAUAGUCCAGCGAGCAGCCCAGCACUGGACAGCCCAAAUCAGAGGCAGAGGGAGCUGGCUGCUAAGUGUCUGCGUCUGCUGAUGCACACCUUCAACAGGGACUACAGCCAGGUGAGCAGCAGUGCCAGUGAGAGCAAGCUCUCCGAGAUCUCAGCGUCAUUGAUGAGGGAGGCAUCCGUGUCCACGCUCAGUACGCUCACCCCAUCCUCCACCUGCCCUUCGCUGAUUGAAGGACACUUUGACAUUAGACACACUGAACCUGGUUCCGGAGCAUCCAGCCCUGAUUUGGAUCCGUUCAGCCCCGUGGACAGAAAGAAAUCUCUCAAAGGUUGCAGCUUUGUUCCGGACAUUCAGGAAAUACGAGUCAGCCCAAUCGUGUCCAAGAAGGGUUACCUCCACUUUCUGGAACCUCACGCCAGCGGCUGGGUGAAACGCUACGUGGUGGUGCGCCGGCCCUAUGUUUACCUUUAUCGCAGCGAGAGGGACAGCGUGGAGAGAGCCAUCAUCAACCUAUCGUCGGCCAAGGUGGAAUACAGCGAAGACAAGCAGACCUUGCUGCGGACUCCAAACACAUUUGCCGUGUGCACCGAGCAUCGUGGGAUACUGCUUCAAGCCAACAAUGACAAAGAGAUGCACGACUGGCUUUAUGCUUUCAAUCCUCUGUUGGCAGGAACCAUCAGGUCCAAGCUGUCCAGAAGAAAGUCAGUGCAGUCGGCGCCGGUUGCUCAGCGGAUGUGA